UCCGCAAAUCUCUGCAGCUGCAUGUGCAAGCAUCUGAGAAUCUGGAUCUAUUUCGCAUGCUGAAAAGGAAGUGGUCUGCAACUUUUUAAAGGCAGAAUAACCAAUUUUGAAGAGCUAAAUUAUUUUUUUGGGGGGGCUUCUAAUUGGAUUUACUAACUAACAAGCCAUGACUUUGUUAAUGUUCACCUGACGGAUAGCAGCACAGUCUCUCUUACAUACAAUUUACAUUCUAAACUGCUCCCAAAUGAACAGUACCAACAAGAUGCAGAAGCAAGUGGAGGUCAGGAUAGAUGAGGGCCACUUGGAGCCCACAGUGGACUCAACUGAGAGUGCAUGUAGCAGUGUGUGUGAUAAAAUCAUGAAGAACAUGGUUCUAACUCUAACAAUUCUCGGUGUGUUUCUGGGUUCCAUCGCUGGAAUGCUGCUGCGGCACAUAUCGCCUCUCCCUCCUGACGUUAUUAUGUUCAUCAGCUUCCCGGGGGAGAUCCUAAUGAGGAUGUUGAAGAUGCUUAUUUUGCCUCUUGUUGUUUCAAGUCUGGUCACAGGACUGGCUGGCUUGGAUGCCAAAUCUAGCGGACGUUUAGGCACCAGAGCAAUGGUAUACUACAUGACAACAACAGUGAUUGCAGCAGUCUUGGGGGUGGUCUUGGUGUUGCUCAUCCAUCCCGGGAACCCCAAGCUAAAAGCUAAUCUUGGACAGGGGAAGAAGAAUGAUGACGUUUCCAGUGUGGAUGCUUUAUUUGAUCUCAUACGAAACCUGUUCCCAGAAAACUUGGUGCAAGCCUGCUUCCAACAGAUACAAACAGUGACCACAAAAGUACAGGUGCCCACGAACAGAACCAAAGCACCCCCGCAGUUCACCAUCAAGAGGUCACUUCAGUUCAAGGGUGGAAUGAAUGUCCUUGGUUUGAUUGGAUUCUUUGUUGCGUUCGGAGUCAUCAUGGGGAAAAUGGGGGAGAAGGCCAAGCUUAUGCUGGAGUUCUUUAACGUCUUGAAUGAGAUCAUCAUGAAGAUUGUUGGUGCCAUUAUGUGGUACUCGCCAUUUGGAAUUGCUUGCCUAAUAUGUGGGAAAAUCAUCUCUAUUGCCGACUUAGAGGUGGUUGCCCGACAGCUGGGAAUGUACAUGAUCACUGUGAUAGUGGGCCUCAUCAUCCAUGGAGGCAUCUUCCUUCCGCUAAUAUAUUUUGUGAUAGUCAAGCAAAAUCCUUUCAAGUUCUUCAUGGGAAUAUUCCAGGCUUGGGUCACGGCACUUGGAACAGCAUCCAGUGCUGGAACCUUGCCUGUCACAUUCCGAUGCUUAGAGGAGAACCUGAAAAUUGAUAAGAGAGUAACCCGUUUCGUCCUCCCUGUUGGGGCCACCAUCAACAUGGACGGCACGGCGCUCUAUGAGGCCGUGGCUGCUAUCUUCAUCGCUCAGAUGAAUGGAAUUGAUCUCGAUUGGGGCCAAAUUGUCACUGUCAGUAUGACAGCAACUCUGGCUAGUGUUGGAGCAGCCAGUAUCCCCAGUGCUGGACUCGUGACCAUGCUGCUAAUCCUAACAGCAGUCGGGCUGCCCACCCAGGACAUCAGCCUCCUUGUGGCCGUUGACUGGCUCCUGGAUCGAUUCCGUACCUCAGUCAAUGUGGUUGGCGACUCCUACGGAGCCGGUAUUGUGUACCAUCUCUCCAAAGAUGAGCUUGACUCCUUUGAUGCCCAACAAACCCGGAUGGAUGAUUUUGAGAUGACUAAAACAAAGUCCUUCUUUGAAAAUAACACCAACCAGAAUGUUUACGCUCACCACAAUUCAAUCCUGAUAGACGACUGCAAGGACACCUUGAGCAAAAAUGGCAAGACGGCAGGAUUCUGUUUUGUUGAAGAGGAACUACGGAAAUUCGAGUAAAACAAACCCAGAAGCUGCUGCGCCUUACCCAGAGUUCCACAAGCUUUUACCUUCUGAUGACAAAAACUGGUUUUAUAAUCAUCCACUAGCCUUCUAACACAAUUAGCAAACACAAUGGACCAUUAGAACACUGGAGAGAUGGUUGCUGGAAAUGGGCCUUCAUACACCGACGUAGAUUUUGCAUUAAAAAACAGACGUUUGUUGCUAGAAUAGUCAUUUACCACAUUAUCAAUGUAUAAAGUGUAUUCCUGAUUAGUUUAAUGUUAUCCUCAUAGAAAAAAAAUGCGAUUUUAUUUUAAAAAUAAGGACAUUUCUAAGUGAGCCCAAAAUUUGGAACAUAUACUAAAUAUAUAUUUACAAAAUGACACGCAACAUUAACCGCAGGGAAUAAACAGGAGAAUCAUAUUAAAGUUGCCGUUUUCAAUUCAGUUAUCCAUCUCACCUCAGAAAACCACCUGCAAAAACCAAGUUCCAACAACAUUUGGUUAAAAAGACUCAGGGCCUUAUUUGGUGCUGCUGCAAACUUCAUGAUUAGUCAAUUAUAGACCUCUUCAACAUUUUGUAACAUUUCAUUUCACUUUUGUAUUUAACAUCUUUAUGUUGCAUAGAGAGCUGAAAUUAUAUUAGAAUGGGAAAGCCAAACAUUGGUUUGAUGCAAAUCUCAAGGUCAAUGCUUUAGCAUUUUUUAACUGCUGAGUGCUGCUUAUUGUCAGUAAUGGGUGGUUGCUUCAAAAAACGCUUUUGAAUUUAGAUUUCUUUUUUUGAAUGUCGCUCAAAAUGCAAACAUGAGCACAGAAGGUUAAGGGAAAGACAGGCCGGUGCAAUACCUUUUACUUUUUGACUAAUUGGAUUACAGCCUGAUGUCGCACACACAGUCAAGCCUAAGCCGAAAGCUUAUGUCUUACUUAGACCAUCAAGCAGAAAAGGUGUGGGCGCUAAUCGUGGCAACAGCCAGCGCAUGAUGUGUUGUUGUAAAACAAGUAAAUGAGGAGGCCCUCCAAGGUUAUUUGUUUAUGUUUUUGUAAAUAUUUUUGUAACGUUUGAAACACUGAAUUUUUGGGAGUAGUUACUGGAUAUGCCUGGAAUGUUUGUGUUCAUACAGUAGGUGCUGUUUCUGAGCAAAAAAAUAGAUAAAUAAAUAUGGUGAAUAAGAUAGGAAUUUGUAAAGAGGAAAACAGUAGAAAUGACUCUCACUACUCAAGACAGUGCAUUGUUUUGUGUUUUUCUUUCAGUUUCUUGUUGUUUGUUAAAUAUUUAACUUGCCUUGAAGAAAUCCGCUGCACAAUGCAGUGAGCAUGUUUUUGAAAUUCCAAAAAUACAAAUUAAGCUGGGACUCCCAAUCAUUGAGGAAAUUAUUUCUAUCCAACUUAAUGGCAGAAUGAGGAUGGCUGGGCCCUCUUCAUCAGCAGAAAUUUGAUGUAGAAUUUGUUUUUUGUCUUUGACUUCAUAUCUGAAUUGGUUUGAUCCUGUUUGUUUAUCAAAUGCAAAAUGAGUUUGUCUCCAGCAUUUGAUUGUAUCUUAACUCAGAUUUUACUUAUUUAUUUUUGGUCUGAAAAAAAGCAAAAGCUAAGGUACCAAAAAAAAA